AGAGCCGCGCGGGGUCUCAUCGGAACGGAACGGAGCGGACUCCAUGGGGUCGGUGUUGGCUGCCGGUUCCCCCCCCCCACCGCCCCCUCCGGCCGUGGGGCUGCUGCCCCCCCCGCUGCCGCCCCCCCCCGGGCUCCCCAUAGCGGGGGGUGGGGGGGGGGGGGGCGGGGGGGCGCUUGGGGGGCUGAGCCCCACAGGAGGACCCCCCAACGGGGAGGGGGGGGCGACGGCGGCGUUGCCCAAUCCGGGGACCUUCGAGGAGUGCCAUCGGCGCUGCAAAGAGCUGUUCCCGGUGCAGAUGGAGGGCGUGAAGCUGACGGUGAACAAAGGGCUCAGCAACCACUUCCAGGUGAACCACACAGUGGCGCUGAGCACCGUCGGGGACUCCGCGUAUCACUUCGGGGCCACAUAUGUGGGGGGGCAGCAGAUCGGCCCCAAUGAGGCCUUCCCGGUGCUGGUGGGCUCCAUGGACGGCAGCGGCAGUCUCAGCGCGCAGCUCCUCCAUCUGCUCACCCCCGCCUGCGCGCCAAGCUGGCCUGCCAGGUCCCAAAAUCGCCGCUUUUCACCCCAAAACGGGGAUUUGGGGGGAUUGGGGGGCAUUUUGGGGAUGGGACCCAGAAGAUGA